AUGCGGUUCUCCAAGACAUCCAUCGUUCUCCUCCCCGCCGUAUCUGCUCUGUCUGAGCAUGCGGUGCGGUGUCUGCAUGGGCAGGCUGAAGGGCUCUCCGUCGCCUCGCGCUGCGGAGACGCCACCGUGACCAAAAGCUGCCUCGCCGCCCUGACCGAAGGCUCCAUCCAGUCCGAUAUCGAGCAGUGUCUGCUGAACGCCGGUUGCAGCGCCGAUGACUCGGCUCUUGAUGCCUCCGCCAUCAUCUACCUUUGCGAAGAUGCUACCAACCAGCCCAUUGGCAAGGAACUUCGACGGAGGCAACGUGGUGGAAGCAGCAACAACAACGCCGAAGAGGAGGAGGAAACGCCAACCGAAGAAGAAGAAGAGAAGCCCGCCAACAAUAGCAAGGGCAACGCCAACACCAAGGCUGCUGCCAACACUCAAACCGUCAAUAACAAGGCGACUCCUACCGAGGACGAGGCCACGCCUGCGCAGACCGUCGAGGACAAGGCCGUCGAGACGGUGACUGACCUCGAUAAGCCCUCCCAGGGCACCGAGUGCUACCAAACCAGCACCGUCACGGAGAGCAUUUGCGAUCCCGAAGGCAACUGCGAGGAACGCCCCAUGGAGAAGGUCAAGUGCCUGAGCGGCUACCUCUGCCGAAUGGAUUCCAAGGGCCAGACCACCUGCAUGGAGAAGGUCAACAAGCUCGACACGAGCGGUAUCAUCGUCUCGAUUAUCUUCGCCUCCGCCCUUGUCCUCUCCAUCGGUAUGAUGACCUACUUCUGCUGCCGCGACAGGGCCCAGCAAAAGAAGCUCGCCGCCAAGGCUGAGGCUGCUGCCAUUGCAAAGGCCUCGAGCGCCGGAACUCGCGCCCGCAACGUCAGCGACAGGCAACCCCUCAUGACCAGCCAGCCCGGUAACACCCAGGGUUACGGACCCGAGGGUGGCGCCCCGCCCCAGAACGACCCAUUCCAGGACCAGACCAGGUACUAG